GUACUCAAAUUCGGUUGUUCCGUGUUUUAUAAGGAUUUAAAAGCUACAAUCUCUUUCAAGAAAAAUUUACUGUUUUUAUUGCAGAACCACUAAAUUAAGAUAUCGGUUUCUCAAAGUUUAUAAAGUUAAGAGCUCAAAUAUAACAUCAAUUUCUUCCUAAGGUUCAAAUUGCUUCAAACGAAUCAAUUUUCAAGAAUUUCAAAUGGCGGAUUGUGAAUGUUUGUAAUUUUUUUCAUCGUUACUUUUUUUGCUACUUAGUUUAAUAACAUCUAUCUUGAAAUCAUUCAUAUAUUAAAAUAUUUCAAAAAUGAGAUGUUCUCUGUAAAAAAUUACAAAAUAUUAAAAUUUCUAGCUUCAAGCGAAGGAAAGGUCUCUGAAGUUAAAAAGAUGGAUAUAACGGAAUCAGAUACGAAAGAUGACUGCGAUUUAGAUGAAUUUGGAGAGUGUUAUUGUGGAAAAGAAAGAAAAAUUGGAUCAGUUGAAUAUCAGUGUAAUCAAUGCCUUCAAUUUUGUCAUCAGGAAUGUAUAAAUUGUUAUAUCCCAAAUCGAGACAAAAAUGUUCCAUUUACCACAAACUAUACAUUCACUUGUAAGAGGUGCACUCCUCAGAAUAUUGAAAACUUUUCAAGAAAACAAAUUGGUUUCACACAAAUGUGUCAAUCUGCUAUAGCUAAUCUAAUGAUUAUGAAUCCUGGUAAACAAAUUUUCUCUUUAAGUAAAGAAAUUAUACCGUUUAUUGAUGAAAAUUGGGAAAGUUUAACAACGAUGGCGAGAAGAGUUAAACAAACAUGGCAUACAACUGUUUCAAAGACUAUGUUAACAAAGCUGGAUAUUUUUGUUUAUAACGAUGAAAAUCCCCUAGAUUAUCAUUACGGUUUAAUUUGCACGGAUCUGUCGAAAAUUUGUCCAAAUUAUGAACAAAAUAAGGAUAAAAUCAGUCCUGCUGUAACUUUCGAUGGUAAGAGUGGUAGAGGAGUUAAGAGAAAAGCUGCAGAAGCAGCCAGUAUGAACUACAGAGCUAAGAAAGGUGAAGUGACGUCUAUUAAUAAGCUUAUUCCCCAUUGCUUUCCUACUGACCAUCCGUUCAAUAAGGAUGGAUAUCGCUACAUAUUAGCUGAACCUGAUAUGCAUGCACCAAAUAGAACUACUUACGAUCAAAGUACCGAUUGGGCAGGCAAACCAAUUCCCGGUUAUCUCUAUCGAGCCUAUUUAGAAGAAAAUGUCUUCCUAGCUCUCCACGAUCGAGCACCUCAGUUGAAACUCUCUGAAACUCGUUUUACCGUAACUGGAGAGAAAGGUUAUAGUACUAUUAGAGCAACUCAUGGAGUAAACAGAGGUACCUGGUAUUUUGAGGUUACGGUUGACGAAAUGCCCGAAAAAUCAGCCUGUAGACUGGGAUGGUCACAGCACUUAGCUAUACUUCAAUCUCCUUGCGGAUAUGAAAAGUUUGGAUAUUCAUGGAGAUCUCGCAAGGGUACUAUCUUUCACGACGCUCGAGGAAAGCAUUACUCAUCUGGCUAUAAAGAAGGAGAUGUUUUGGGUUUCCUAAUUCAUUUACCUUCUCCAAAGAAAUUAUUACCUUACGUUUACAAAGAUAAACCUUUGGUGAAAUUUAAGAAUCAUCUCUAUUUUGAAGAAAGAGACGAGGUGAACAAAGCUCUUAGCGAGCUUACAGUUUCCCAUGGAAGCAAGUUGGUUAUGUAUAAAAAUGGAGAAUGCCAGGGAGUUGCAAAAACUGAUAUUUACGAGGGCACUUAUUAUCCAGCAAUAUCUUUAUAUAGAAAUUGCACGGUAAAUGUUAAUUUCGGACCUAAAUUUCAUUUUCCUCCUAAAGAUGAAGUUGAUUAUCGUUCUAUGAGUGAGGCUGCAGCUCAAACGAUGGUUGAUCAUGCCUUGGGGGAUUUAGUCCAUCAUGUUGCCAAUGAAGAAUCGUGA